UAUCUUUUGUUACGCGAUGUUGUCUUUAAAGUUACUGAAUCAAACAAAGACUGCGGUCUUGAGAAACACAAGACCUGCUUUCACUAGUCUAUUUCGAUCUCAGUAUCAUACAUUUCAUGAAGAUAAUGCUUCAGUUUUACCCAACUUGGUUGAACCUGCUAGUGCUUCAUUCAAGGUAAACCGUGGUGCUUUGCCUUAUAAUUUAUACUUUACUAAGGAAUAAAAACCAGGAAAAUGCUGAAAGAAUGCAACAAUUGGUAGAUGAUUUGAAUUUGAAAACUGAAAAGAUAAAGCUGGGUGGAGGUGAAGCAGCACGUCAAAGACAUUUAUCUCGAAAGAAGAUGCUUCCCAGAGACAGAAUCAAUCGCUUGAUUGAUCCGAACUCUCCUUUCCUUGAAUUAUCUGCAUUAGCUGGAUAUCAAUUAUACGAUGAAGAAGUACCUGCAGGAGGUAUUAUCACUGGUAUUGGCCGCGUCCAUGGAGUGGAGUGUAUGAUUGUAGCUAAUGAUCCAACGGUUAAGGGUGGAUCAUAUUAUCCUAUUACAGUAAAAAAGCACCUUCGCGCUCAAGAAAUAGCUAAAGAAAACAACCUUCCAUGCAUAUAUCUUGUCGAUUCCGGUGGAGCCAAUCUUCCUAGACAAGCUGAUGUGUUCCCUGAUCGUGAGCACUUUGGUCGUAUCUUUUAUAACCAAGCCAAUAUGUCUUCUCAAGGAAUUCCUCAAAUCGCUGCUGUUAUGGGUUCAUGUACAGCAGGUGGUGCAUAUGUCCCUGCGAUGGCAGACGAAAGUAUCAUUGUCCGAAAGCAAGGUACUAUCUUCUUGGCUGGUCCACCCUUAGUCAAGGCUGCUAUUGGUGAAACGAUCAGCCCUGAAGAUUUGGGUGGCGCCGAUCUUCACUGCAAGACAUCAGGUGUGACUGAUCAUUACGCUUUGGAUGAUGAGCACGCACUUGUUUUGGCCCGCCGAGUGGUCAGUACGUUGAACAGAGUCAAGAAGCCUCAACUUGAUUUGCGUGCUCCAGAAGAGCCCCUGUACUCACCUGAUGAGAUUGGUGGUAUCGUAGGUGAUAAUCUAAAGAAGCCCUUUGACAGUAAAAACAUUAUUGCUCGUCUUGUGGAUGGAAGCAGAUUCGCUGAAUUCAAAGAGAAUUAUGGUACAACACUCGUCACUGGCUUUGCUCACAUUCAUGGUUACCCUGUCGGUAUCAUUGCCAACAAUGGUAUUCUGUUCUCUGAAUCAGCCUUGAAGGGCGCUCACUUCAUUCAACUCUGCUCUCAAAGAGGUAUCCCUCUCGUCUUUCUUCAAAACAUUACUGGUUUCAUGGUAGGAUCUACCGCUGAAGCUGGUGGCAUUGCCAAGAACGGUGCCAAAUUGGUCAAUGCCGUCUCUUGUGCCAAAGUACCCAAGUUUACUGUCAUCACUGGUGGCAGUUUUGGUGCUGGUAACUAUGGUAUGUGUGGUCGUGCGUAUUCACCUCGAUUCUUAUGGAUGUGGCCAAAUGCUCGUAUUUCUGUCAUGGGUGGUGAGCAAAGUGCCAACGUAUUAGCACAAAUCACAAGAGAAAGCAAGGCUAAGAAGGGAGAGACCUGGCCAGAAGAAGAGCAAGAAAAGUUUAUGGCUCCUAUCCGUGCCAAGUAUGAAGCUGAAGGUCAUCCUUACUACUCUAGUGCUCGUUUAUGGGAUGAUGGCGUUAUCAAUCCUCGCGAUACGAGAGAUGUCCUUGGCUUAGCCUUGAGUGCAUCCUUGAAUGCACCUAUCGAAAAGACUAACUUUGGUGUGUUUAGAAUGUAAAAUCUGUCUUUAUAAAAUAAAUAAAAAAAAUAGAAUUUCU